AUGGAGAUGCCUCCACCAGGUGUAAGGCAGACAAUGCUUUUCAGUGCAACAUUUCCAACUGAUAUACCAAAGCUUGCAUCAGAUUUUCUUUCAAACUACAUAUUUCUAACUGUUGGAAAGGUUGGAUCCAACACUGAUCUGAAUGUUCAAAGAGUUGAAUUUGUCUUGGACAUGGACAAAAGAAAUUAUUUGAAGAGGCUCCUUAAUGCCCAGAGGGCAAUUGGAACCCAUGGAAAGACAUUGGUUCGAUAUCAGUUGCCAAUAGUGGUUAUAGUGUUUAACAAUAGUGGUGUAUAUGGUGGUGACUGGAGGAACCCUAAAGAAAUUACAGGACCUUACAAGGAUGAUCCUGCACUGACUUCUUUUGUCCCUGGUGCUGGAUAUCAUCUUCUAAUUGAAGCUUUUGGGGGAAGGGGUUAUCUUGUUGGGACACCUGAUGAACUCAAAUCGGCGCUUUCUAAAGCUUUUUCUGCACGGAAGACUGUUGUCAUAAACAUUACAAUUGAUCCAUAUGCUGAUGCAGAAAGUGGGAGGAUGCAGCAUAAAAACUGA